AUGGGAAAAAUCAAGUCCAUGGCUAUAAUACCUUACUUUGCCGGUAUUAUAGUGCUUGGCAGUGUUAUAUUUGCUGGUGACACUCAUGGUGUUAAGAAUCUUGUACCGGGUGAUCUUAAAAAGAGUGACAUGUCUUCUCAUUUUGAGGAUAUGAAGAGGCGAAUCAGGAUUACUGAGGAGGGAGCUGUGCAGCACGUCAACUUCCAAAGAGGCGUCGUAUGCACCCCCGAUGGAUCGACAACACUUCUGGAGCUUCUCUUCAACAGAUGCAACAACAUGGGCGACGACCCUCUUUACGGAACAAUAGUAGAGGGCGAGGUUGUCUACAGGUCUGCCAACGAGGUCUGGAAAGAUGCAGAGAGCAUUGCCAGGCUCAUCGGGCAGAUGACAGAGCCGAAGGACACUGUCGGUAUCUACUCUGUCAACAGGUACGAGUGGAUAGUCACCGAGAUGGCGUCCUACAUGUGCGGGUGCACGAACGUCCCUCUGUACUCGACGUUUUCCCCGGAGAAUGUGCAGCUGAUUCUUGAGGAGACCGGGAUGAAGGUGUGUGUUGCGUCUGCAGACAAGGCCAGGCAGCUGCUGGACAGUGUUCUUGAGAAGGGGGGGAAGCUUUCGUGUGUGGUUCUUAUGGACCGGGACGAGGAGGUCAGAGAGAGGUUAGAGAAUGCGGGGAUCAGGACGUAUUACUUUGAGGAUGCGGCCUCUCUGUCUGGGGAGGUUGGGAAGGAGAGGUACCCGAGCGGGGACGACCUUGCGACGAUAUGCUACACAAGUGGGACCUCUGGGAAGCCCAAGGGGGUGAUGCUGACCCACAAGAACUUUAUUUCUGGAGUUGCAGGGGUUUUCCGGGGGUCGAAUGAGAGGGAGAUGGUGCGGCUUUCUCGAGACGAUGUGUACCUGUCGUACCUUCCACUGGCGCAUGUGAUGGAGAGGAUAUGUGUCAACAUUUCUGUGGCGUAUGGAUGCAAGAUAGUGUUUUUCAGAGGGAAUUCGAAGGAGAUCAAAGAGGACUACCUUAUAGUGAAGCCUACGUUCAUCAUUUCUGUUCCACGGGUGCUGAAUCUAUUUAAGGAGAAGAUUGAGGAGAAUGUUCGGCAGAAGAACAUUCUGGUACGGGGGAUUUUCCGAGCAUCACUCUGGUACAAGAAGUGGAGGGUGAGCAGAGGAGAGCUGCGGAAUAGGCUUUUGGACUGGCUUGUGUUUGACAAGGUAUCCAAGGAGUUUGGAGGAAGGAUCGGGCAGGUUCUAUGCGGGUCUGCGCCCUUGAAGAAGGAGGUGCUGGUGUACAUGCAGGCUGUGCUUUCCUGCAGGAUUUUCCAGGGAUAUGGGCAGACUGAGAAUGUGGGGACUGGGAUUGUGCAGCCCCUGGACUGUUAUUUGUACGACAAUGUCGGGAUUCCGUUUCCCUCGAACGAGGUGAAGCUUGGGGAGAUAAGCGGGGAGCUCAAGUCUGAGUAUGGGCGACGGUAUCCUUCGUGCAAGAUUGGGGAGAUCCUGCUUCGUGGAGACAAUGUGACACAGGGGUACUUCAAGAGGCCGUCUGAGACUCUGGAGCUGUUUACUUCUGACGGAUGGCUCCGGACUGGGGACAUUGGGAUGUUUGACACCGAUACCGGGAUGUUUUCUGUGAUUGGGCGUGUGAAGGAUGGGUUCAAGACGUCUCAGGGAGAAUACAUUGAUCCUGGGAAGCUUGAGAUGCUGUACAGCGACGGAGAGGUUGUGCAUGACGUGUGCAUUCCACGGAGGUCUGACAGCGACAGGAUAGUUGCGAUUGUUGUGUGUCCUGGGACGAAGAAGAGCGACGAGGAGAUUCUUAGGCAUGUUGUUGAGACUGGGGAGAAGCUGUUUAAGCAGAAGAGGAUAACGAGGCUUGAGAUUCCAUCUCGUGUUAUUGUGGUGCGGAAGGGGUUUGAGAGCUUUUCUGAUGGAGAGCUUGUCACGCCGACUGCGAAGAAGAGGAGGCCUCUUAUUGAGAGGUACUUCCUACACGAGAUCAAUGAGGCACUUGAAAUUAAAUGA